AUGGCCGAAUAUUGGAAGUCCACCCCCAGAUACUGGUGUAAGCACUGCUCCGUCUACGUCCGUGACACCAAGCUCGAGCGGCAGAACCACGACGCGACUGCGAAGCACCAGGGUGCCAUCAAACGCGCCCUGCGGGACUUACACCGUGGCCACGAACGGGAAGAGCGGGAAAAGGAGCGUGCAAAGAGGGAGAUCGAGCGUCUCAACGGUGUCGUCUCUUCCGAUGGCUCAGAAUCUACAUCUACGGCGGGGCCUUCCUGGAGGACAAGGCCUGGGGCUGGGGCUGGGGCUGGGGCCAGUUCAGCAGCAGGAGCAGGUUCCGGCGGCCCGCUGUCGGAAACAGAGCGGAAGCGCCAGGCGGAACAACUUGCCUCCCUCGGGGUCAGCCUCCCUGACGAGUUCAGGAAAGACCUGGCCAUGGCGGGCGACUGGCAGGUCACCUCUACCACGAUCGUCACAGAGACGUCCGCCGACGCAAGCAACCCGGGCGCCUCGGCACGUGGCGUACACAAGCGUGAGCGUACGGACGAGGAUAUCGAGGAGGACAAGGCCAUCAGAGGGCUCUUCAAGAAACCAAGAAGCUGGGGUCGGGACUCCAGGACGGCUGCUGGGGACGGUGGCAGCGCGGACUUGGAAGCGCUACUGAGCGGGGAUUUCCUGGUCAAGAAGCAGGAACAGGACGUGGUGAAGAAAGAAGAGGACUUCGAAUCUACAGUUGCAAAUGCGCCGCUCAAAGAAGAAGAGGAGCGGCCUUUGAUCAAGGAGGAACCGCCGGAGGAAGGCCUUCCGGCAUCGACAGAGAGGCCAACAAAUCCCAGUCCAAAGGGCGAGGAGCCUGCCCUCAAGACUGAGGACGGCGUAAGUGCUGCCGGCUCGCCAGGAGCCCCAGACAUACCCUCGGUCACUUUCAAGAAGCGGAAACCAAAGAACAUACGACAGAAAUGA